UUCUGGUUUAUCAAUGUGUAAGUGUUUUGUUUAUAUUUGGGGUUUUCUGUGGACCCAAUGAAAAAUUGCUGUUGCUUAAGGCAGAAGCCAAUGGGGAUCCAAAUGAAUAAACAAAUGUUCCACAAACGUGGUGAAUGUCUGUCCGCGCAAAACUCUGCUGGGUCGAGCUACCCAAAAUGUAGUGCUUGCGCGCUCAUGCUCCUUCAGUCAUUCGGACGAUCACUGCAGAGCUGGAAGGCAAACGCCUAUCAACAGAGCAGCAGGAACGUUAGAAAAAAAAUUGUCACGUUGUUGAAGAUGUAUAUUCGUUUACUUUAACGGGAAAUUAGAACAUCGGCUACUCUCGUGCGCUGCGCCUUUGCCUACCUACGUGUUCAGCUUUAUGCACUUUACCAUACAGACAGUGUCCAAGCUCUCUUAUGAAAGGAACCCUAAAUUCGGGAACAAUGACAGCUUCCAUCGUUUUUAACUUUCUCUGUAUUUGGAUGUUAUCUCCUACUAUGUCACGAGGGACAGGUUUUAUCUAUCAGUUUCCAGGUGUGACAUUGCAACGCAUGCACAGUGAACACAGCGCUGGACCUCCUGCAGAGAGUAACGCGGCUCGCAGGAACUGGUGUCAGUACACCGUAUCAAAGACUGUGUCAUGCCAGGUCCACAAUGGGACAGAGACCCUGGUACAGCGAGUGUUUCAGAGUUGCCGGUGGCCAGGACCCUGUUCUAACCUCAUCAGUUACAGGACCCUGGUCCGGCCUUCAUACAGGGUGAUGUAUCGCCAGGUGACAGCCCUGGAGUGGAGGUGCUGCCCUGGUUUUCUGGGAGACAACUGCAGAGAGGAAUGCAUGAAUUGCACUGGCUACACUGAUAUGAACGAGAGAUUAAGUAUCCUUGAGUCCAAGAUAAUGUUACUGGAGGAGGCAGACCCAUCAACUCUUCCAUCCAGGCUCUACCGGGAUGGGUCAUCGGAUAAUGAGGUGGGAGCACCAAAGCCCACCCCGGUCACUCUCCCCUCCAUCGGGUUACCAGGUGCCAGAGGCCCCCCAGGACCAGUUGGACCUCCAGGUGUGGCAGGACCGCCUGGACUCACCGGAGAGACAGGACUGGUGGGGAAACCUGGACCCGUGGGACCCAGAGGACCCCAGGGCCAGCAGGGAGUCCCUGGGCAGAGAGGUGUACCUGGGCCAGCGGGGCCUCCGGGGCCAGCCUCUCCCUUCCCUUACAGGGGAGACGUGUUUGGUUUGAGGGAGAUGGGCCAGCAUGAAGAAGACGUGCUCCCUUCAUGGAAUAACCAGAGAGCUGAGGCAGGUCCUCCAGGCCCCACUGGGCCCCCGGGACCCCCUGGACCACCAGGGCCUGCUGGAAAUCCAGGGACCCCAGGGAAAAACGUUGGUGUCGCUCCUUCAGGCAAGACAGGGAGUCGUGGGCCUAAGGGAGACUCCGGUGAAAGUGGCCCCCCAGGACCCAGGGGAGAACAUGGCAAGCCUGGUGUACCAGGCCCAAAGGGUGAGCCAGGAGAGAGCCAGGCUGAGGGGGAGGGGGUACAGCAGCUGAGAGAGGCUCUGAAGAUCCUGGCUGAGAGGGUUCUCAUUCUGGAGCACAUGAUUGGCAUUCAUGAGAACCCACUAGAACCCGGUUCUGGCUUGGACAUCCUGUCAGACCUGUUGCCCACGCUUAAAAACAAAAGGGCGGGACCCUAUACCCUGCUCCAAUCUCUCACCAUGAGAGACCACAAGCUGAUUGGAGAGGAAAGAGUAAGGAGAGGGGAUGAUUAGAAGGCCAGUGGGUGUAGAGCAUGGUUUGUAUAUAAAAUGUGACUGGGUAAGAGAUCAAGAUAGACCCUGCAUGUGUUUUCUGGGUCAGAGUGAGAGACAACUGAGCCCUCUCAGAAG